CAUCCAGAUCACAAAAUUUUAGAAUGACGAAUAAAAUACAUUGUACAGCUUUUAAGUUUCUUUUCAAAAACUUAAAAGUAGAAAGAUGAGUGUAAUAAAGGUAGGAUAGGGUUGAAGUAGAUUGAAAAAGUUAACAAAUCAAACGAAAAGCUAUGCAAAACAUGCUGUUCUCCGAGCAUCAUGAAGCCUACCUGCAACUUCAUCUCCAUGCCCAUGUCUACCCAUUUGGAUCCACCCAACUUAGACCCGACUCCACACUCCGGGUAUAUAUUUGGGUUUCAACCCGGAAUAUUAUGAUGAUGAUGAUGAUGAUGAUGGUGAAGAAGAAGAAGAGAAGAAGAAGAGAUAUCUAUUUUACUGGGUGACGAAGAAGAAGAAGAUAUAUCUAUUUUAGUGGGAAGAUCACUCAACAAUGGCUGCAUUUAGUUCAUGUAAGUGCCUUGUUUUUAUCUGGCUUUAUCUCCAAUUCUUCUGAUAUAUAAGUUUCAUAGUUGAUAUUUUAUUUUACACAUGAUUAUUACUCACGGCAUGUUCAAUGGUUGUGCCAAAUUAAAUGAAAUUAUUGCUAUAAUUUUGCAUUAAAAAGUAAUUUUGGUAGCACCAUGUCUCUAAUGGUUAGUUCUAAAUCUUGUUUUAGAUUUAAGUAACUUCCAAAAUACCGUUGGAGUGUUAAAUUUUUGUUCGGCUUUGACAAUAUUUAUGAUGAGAUGCUAAAACGAAAAUUCAUAUGAUUAAGAUUUGGUUGGACCUGUUUAGCUUAGCUUACUUAAAAAAAACAAUCAAACUUGCUAGGUGAAAUUAUUUUUUUUACUUUAAAAGUUAUUACUCGUAUAUGUUUGGAUACUGUUGUUUGUUUACAUAUGCUACUAAAUUCAAAGAAGAUUAAAAACAUAAGUUGAAGAGGCUUCUAAGAGUAAUAUAAGUUUUUAUCAAUUUACAAUUAAAAACUUAUUGCAUGUAUAUGUAUAAAAUAAGUUUCUCAUAUUUACUUUCUUAACUUAUUAAUAAGUUGGUCAGUUAUGAGUAGACAACAUCAUGUUUUGUGUUUCUCUGUGUACAUCAGUAUUUUGUUUUCAUCAUCAUCAAUUCUGUAGUAUCAAGGGUAUUCACGACACGAAAUGGAUUCGAUGUACUUUUUGUUGCGUGCUUUAGUAUUACACUAUAUUACACUAUAUAAGUAUUAAAGUCAUGUUCCCCUUAUAACCCUUAACCUAAGAACUCUUAGAACUUAUACCUCUUAGGUAAGUUAAAUAAGAUUCUGCAACAGAACUAGCCUUGUUUUGUGGUUUUGUAUUCUUCAAUUGAACUUUGUAUUUUGUAUUGAAAUUAUGAGAUAUUUUAACAAUUGAAUUCAAAGAGUCUAUUCAAAAUUUUGGAUUCUGCAACAAUAUUUGCCUUAUUUGUAGUAUUAAUUAGGGUUCUCCAGCAGAAUUCACUUUAUUGUGUAGUAUUAAUGUGUUAUUUGCAUAAGGUUCAGGUGUUAAACUUAACAUUUUGUAGAAAAAUUCGCAUAAUAAUAGUAGUAUUAAUAUGAUAUUUACAUAGAGUGAGUUUACAUGUAAAGUUUUGCCUUAUUUUUAGUAGUAAUUAGGGCUCUGGAGCAGAACUGCACAUGCAAAAUGUCAUGUGUAUGUAUUAUAUUUUGAAAUUAUUUUGAACACCCACAAUGAUGCAAAAAACAUGUAUUUAGAUUUAGAUCCUGAAAGUCUAUUUUAAAUUAGGGUUCUGCAGCAGAACCUUAGUGGUUCUAAGCAUCUGUCUUAAGGAUUGGUUCUAAGUUGAGGGCACCCUAUGUUUAUAUGUAUAAUAUCAUAUUUUUUUUACCUAUAUGAGUAAUAUAUAUUCAGAUACAAUAUUACCAAUACGAGUCAAAUGUUGAGCAUAUGCUUUGCAAUAUUUUAUGUGUUGAAAAUGUUGCGAAACACACACACACACAUACAUAUAGGUGGCACUCUAGAGCAUACACUCUUAUAUGGAGUCCCGUGGUGUAUCAUUAUAAAGAUAUAUAUAUAUAUAUAUAUAUAUAGUUAAUUAUCUAGUUGGUCACUGAAGUGGGCUUAAUGUUUCAAAUUGGUCACUGAACUCAAAACAGUAUCAAGAUGGUCACUGAAGUGGCCAUAUAUCAAACAAGUAUCUAAAAAUAUAAGUUCAAGCAGUAAAAAUAUUAUUUGUAAAGUUUUACACAUUAUUUUCGAAUGUUACCAAAACUAAGUAAAAGGUUAUGACUUCUAAUAUUUAUGAUAAUAUAUUUAGAUUUUAUCAAGUUUAUUUAUUAUUUAUUUUUAAUUAACAAAGAAAAUAACUAUAUAAUAAAAUAUAAAUAAUAAAUGAAUUUGAUAAAAAAUAAAUAUAUUAUUUUAAAUACUAGAAGUCAUAACCUUUUAGUUGGUUGUGGUAACAUUUAAAAAUAACGUGUAGAACUUUAUAAAUAAUAUUUUUACUACUUGAAUUCAUAUUUCAAGGUACUUGUUUGAUAUUUAUGGUGACUUUAGUGACCAUUUUGAUAACGUUUUGAGUUCAGUGACCAACUUGAUACAUUAAGCCCACUUUAGUGACUAACUUGAUAAUUAACCAUAUAUAUAUAUAUAUAUAUAUAUAUAUAUAUAUAUUGGGUUUUAAUCCACUACAAACCUCUCCUAGAAUAAAAACUGAAAACCAAAAUAAAAAAAAUUUAAAAUCACAUCGAAAUAUAUCAAAUAUGGUAUGGAAAUUGUUCGUUAGGAGAUGAGGAAAAAUACAGUGAAGUCGAAUUUCAAAAAAAUGAACCGAUGGACGAGAAAAAUCAAAUUAAAAACAGAGAGAUUCUGUGGAGGGUACAGGUUUAUUGUGUGGUGAAUUCUAGGGGGCCAUUAGAUUAGAUUGAUCUAAUGGCUUAGAUUAGUUUGUAGUUUGUAUUUUAAUUUUGGUUUGUAUUUGAUCACUAGCUUAUAUAUAUAUAUGUGCAUAUGUAUAUAUAUAUAUAUAUAUAUAUAUAUAUAUAUAUGUAUGUAUGUAUUACAUGUAUUUAUCAUAUUUUUUAUGAAUUAUAAUUACAAAGUUUAAUUAGUAAAUCAGAAACGAAAUCAUUCAACUUUUUUAUUUCAAAAAUUAUUAAAAAUUAUGCAAUACUCCAACAUGUAACUACAACAGAAUAAUAAGUAUCCGUAAUUAUUCUACUAUAGAAGCAAUUUUGAAAAUCUACCUUUAAGUUCAAAUUUUUAUUUGUUAAUUAUAUAUAUAGAGUAAAUAGCACUUUGGUGGCUUAUACUAUUUUGUUUUUGCACUUUGGUGGCCAAACAAUAAAAGUCAUCAAUUGUGUGGCCACACAAAUCUUUUUUUAACAAUUGAAGGGCUCCGCCCAUUCUCCGUCAAAACGAAACAAACGCCGUGAGUCAAAUAAUGUAUUGACACAGACAUAACAUAAAAAACCCAUUCGUCUUUCCCUCCAAAUCCAAGACCUAUUACCCCCAUUUUAGCUCAAAGCGCGAUCGAGCAAGGAAAGAAAUCUAUCAGUUCGCUGUUAAAGGAAAAUGAGUUGGAUUCGAAGACUUAAGGAGGAUGCUGCUGUGUAUCACCCUCGCGAGUGCCCCGAUUACUCUGAACCUGAUGACUUUACACUUAAAAUAUUUCAUGGUGGCAAAAUGACUGAUGAGCCUAGGACUUAUGUUGGUGGUGAUAUAGAUUACAUUGACUUCUGUAAUGCUGAUCAGAUUAGUCUUAUUGAGAUAUUUAGUAUGCUCAAAGAAAUAGAGGUAGAAGGUGGAUUUCAUGUACUGUGGUAUAAGCUUCCUGGUACUAAUUUUGACAAGGGAUUGUUUCCAAUAGACCGUGAUGCAGAGUUGUUGACCAUGUGUGAACUUAUACCCCCAUCUAAGUUCAUAGAGAUUUAUGUGUCCACAAUGCCACAUAUAAAUACUGCACCUCCUCCUGAGACAAACCUUGAUGAACCUGAUGUGCAGUAUGUUGAACCAACACCUAAAGAGCCAGUUGCUUACCAAGGAUAUAGUGACUUUGUUAUGUCAUCUGAUUGUUAUUUAAGAACAAUUUCCUUUUGUAAUCUUCUACCAAUGCUAUGUAUGACAUUUAGAAACGAUUAUGCUCUUUUGGAUUAUGUAUGGAAGAUUAAAAUCCACUAUGGUAUGAAAUUUGAGUUUGUUUUGGACACAUUUUGUUGUUGCUUUCGACAAAAGAACUAGCAUUUUAUUACCACAACUGCAUUACAUCACAUUACUGGAAUGUCUACACUGCAUUGCACAUACAGGUUUACACAUUGGUUUCAUCCCUACCAACUGGUGCAAACCAGUAAUGGAAAACGUACAACAACAAUAACACACACACAAAUUUCCACUGUCUCGCUUCUUUCUUCAACUCAGACAUCUUCUCCUUGUAAAUGGCAGCUUCAUUUUGUGUCUCUGUGAGCUCCUCCUUGUAGAAAUGUUGGUACUCAUCUUUAGCCUUGAUCAUCUCAGCGAAAUGCUCGUCGUCCUUGUUCUUCAACCGCCGGAGUAGUCCGUUUAUCACACUCUUACUGCGCGCAUCGAACUCUGGUUCAUUCCACCUGAAAAAGUUACACCUACCGUUGACACAAGUGAGGAAUCGUCGCCCCGGAUUAUAUUCCGUCCAUGACGUCUUCUCCACUGCCCAGUUCCCACACGAACAUUGCUGAUUCAUCUUGCUGAUUUUGAAGUGGUUUGGGAAAGUAAGAUUCAAUUUCUAGGGUUAGAAGAACCACUGCUGCACACAAAAGCUAUACAUAUAGUGCCCAAAAAGAGACGUUAGAGGUUGAAAUGACUAAACUAACCUUAACGCCCGUUAACGCCGUUCAGUCUCAGCGAGCGGAGCCCUUCAAUUGUUAAAAAAAGAUUUGUGUGGCCACACAAUUGAUGACUUUUAUUGUUUGGCCACCAAAGUGCAAAAACAAAAUAGUAUAAGCCACCAAAGUGCUAUUUACUCUAUAUAUAUAAUAUACUAGUGCGAUGCACGAGUGUAUUUUUAUAGUUAAUAUUUUUUAUGUGUUCAAAUUAAGAAUUUAUUUUAGUAUGUUGUUGGCGGGAUUCGAACCUUAGAGUUCUACUAGCAUCUUUGUGAAAUAUAAAAAAUUAAAUCCAACGGUUUGCAUCAAUUUGAUUUUGUGAUCCAACAGUUAUAAUGCACUGUAUCGAACUACAAACCAACAACUAAACUUUUGCAUUUUUAGCUUUAAUAAUAUAAUAUAGAUAUUUAGUAUUCUACACUAGAUUAUAUUUUAUAUGUUUUCUAUAAUAAAAUUAAUGAUUUAUAAAGGUGCACUAUGGAAUUCCAUAUAAAAAAGACUUCCAUGGAAUAUUGGCAUAUAUAUAUAGGCAAUUGCCCAUAUACCACUGAAAUAAAAACAAAAUAAAAACCAAUACAAUUAAAUAUAAAGUGAAGGGUUUUGGAGCCCAGGAUGGACCCUGAAGUGGGCCUAGAUAGGGGUGGGACCUAGUAAAGUCUUGGUGGGGCCUCGUGGGACCAUGGAGUCCACAGUCUUGGUGAGGCUCUAGUGGGCCCGGGGUGGAUAUAUAUACACACACUCCAAAUAAGAUAGUCAAUAAUAUAUUAUAUGCAAACUUGUUACAUAGGUCUCCAAUAAGUAAUCUAUAUCACUUACUUCAUUGAAGUUUUAUGUGUAUUAUAAUUAUAUAUUAGUGAGUUAAGUUCUAUAAGUAAAAUGUGAUCAAAUUUUAUAUAUAUUGGUUAGUCUGAGCUCGACUAAAUGGUUUAGGAUCUAGCUCCACUCGAGAUCGAUUGAGCCAUAAUGUUUAAGCUCGGAGAUCGGCUCCCAAAAGCUUGAUGGGUUCAAACUCGGCUCAAAAGCUCAAAACGAAUUCACUUUUAUUGAAAAAAGCUCGAAUGUUAAGCUGAGCUGGAUUUAAUAUGUACGAUUUUAGAUAUUCAUAUAAUAAUAUAUUUGCAAUAUAUAUAAAAAAAUUCAAAUACUAAAGGCUUGAUUAGGCUCAUGAGCCGAGUAAGCUUGGCUCGAUAAAGUAAUCGAAGACCUCGAGCUAGAGUUCCGCUUAAUUUUUGUCAAGUCCAAAUUGAAUAUUUUACAAUCUGAAUUUGAAUUGGCUACAAAGAGUUUAAUCCAUUUAAACCCCUAGUUUCAUGUACUGAAAUUCAAAACGUGUUGUACGGAAAACUGCCGAGUCUCGUUAGAAGUCAGAAUUUGUUUAUUAGCAAAGACACCAAUCGACUUCUAGAUUCAUUGUAACUUAUAAUUUUGGUUUCCAAAUAGUGUUAGAAUAUAAGGUCAUGUCAUAUACAACUUAUGACAAACUUAUCUGUUGAUAACUACAUAAUCACAAAUAAAAUGCUACAAGCUCCUUUGGGGAUCAACUGCUCAAGCUCCUUUGGGGAUCAACUGCUUUUUCAAUAAUUUCCUGCAUUUUAUUCUUUGAGGGAACUUUUAAAAAUUCAGUGAUUAUACACAACAUAAACAUAUCACUGUGAGAAUAAUAUUAGUGAUGAAUAAUCAUACAUGACUUAUCUUUCUCAACAGUUGUUAACCUGUUUUGUCAUGGGUUGGAGAGAGCAAGCAUGCAUUAGAUUUGAUAUGUAUAUUUUGCUUUCAGUUGCACAUUCUUAUUCUUCUUUUUUUUCUUUGGCUAUUAGAUGAUUAUUAUUAUACAGUUCAAAUAUUACAAAGGGUUUAUAAGAAUCUUGAUGAUGUUUAUCAUGUAUUAAAGAAGCUAAGCUAUAAGUCCGGGCUCUUCAAAACUUGUUAUUUUAGUAAGCAAGUCUUGGUUUUGGCCACUAACCUUUACAAUAUAUCUCUUAUCUAAUUGAUGUCAUGUAUAAUAUUCAACUAGUAUAAAGUCUUCAUGAACAUUUCUGUCAGGAAAUAAGUGUAGAUAAAGUGGAAAGACUCGCAGGACUCCCUAAUAAAAUUACAACUCAGAUGUAUAGCUAAUAACAUGAAGAUUUAUUUCUCUGUGAAUUCACAUUUCCAUGGUUCCCAACCAGUUUGACAAGAUUUUUGAAGUGGAAAGACUCGCAGGACUCCCUAAUAAAAUCGGGCUACAACUCAUAUGUAUAGCUAAUAGCAUGGAGAUUUAUUUCUCUGUGAAAUCCACGGUUCUCAACCAGAUUGAAAAGAUUCUUGCAGAAGGUUAAUUUUAAAAGAAAUCAUUUUCAAUAAACAAAACGUACCAUAAUAUGAUCUAUGUAGAUAAUAUAUCUUUUGACCAAUUUGGGGAAAGGAAAUUGUAUCAUUUGUUAUCGGAAUAUCAGAAAUGUUGAUUUUUGUGUUAUUGAAUCAAAAAACAAGAACGAGCAAUAUGUUUUAUAUAAUGUGAUUAUGUAAAUUAGGUGAAUCGGGAUGAUGGUAACUUAUCACUUAUCUAUUUGUAAGGGUACACCAAUAGUGUGAUGUCUAACAUUUUCAUUUAAAUUAAAAUGUUUAAUUUCUACAUAAAGAUAGACGGUCAAGGAUUUUUAUAUAGUAUCUUAAAUUUUAUUUUUAGUAAAAUUCUAUGUGGGCCCUCUUCCAGUUGGCACACUCUCAAGUCCCUGCUGCAAAAUGUUUUUCUUCUAGUAUUAAUGGUUAUUCUUGAUUUCUGUUCCAAGAAGCUCUUGUGAAGCAUUACUAAGUUUCUUAUCAAUCUGAGGGCUCUACUAAGCUUUGAAUUACUUUAAUCAACAAUAAGGUUCGUUAUCUUUUGCUUGCUAAAUCUCUAGUUUGUGUAUUCCCAAUAAGAUACCGGAUCUUCUCAUCUUCCUUGAUUGAGAUUUAUGGUUAAUUGAGUCACUUGAAGGAUGAAUCAGAUGUAAUCUGAAUUUCUAAAAAGAUUUUGUCAUCAAUAUUUUAUCUGAAUUUGGCUGAUUUGUGUGCUUGAUUCUGAUUUAGAAUUCAUUGCAAUAUUUCUCGCUUAAAUUUAAUCAUUUAAAAGAACUAAAACCCCUUGGAGAAUGUCGGAGAGGGAUUUUUUUACACCUUAGCCUUUUAGUGAUUGAUCGGGUGAUCCGAAGAAUAAAUCAUAUUUACUAUAACUAGAUCAUUAAUUUUGUAAAAUUAUUUUAUUUUUUCUUCUCUUUAGUAUGAUUCUUGGCCAAUUUGAGUGACUAAUAUCGAUUUUUCAAUCAAUUGCAAUUUUUCCC